CCUAUCCCCCUUUGUGAGCUCAAGAGAGAAUCAGAGAAAGCGAAGUUGAAUCAACGAAACGAAGACAUCCACUCUAAGAAAGGCAAGGGAUUUGAAAAUGUCAAUUGCAUCCACGUCUACUACUUCUUCUUCUCUGGCUGAUCCAGCUUUCAAAAUAUAUAGACGCUACAAAUACAAGUGUGAAGGCGAUUGCGAUUGGGGUGAUGAGGAAGACAUAUUUCGAAACAAAAUUAUGUAUUUGGGGAAUGUUGAUGAAUCAUCACCACCACCACCACCACCACCUUUCGUUGUUCUCAUUCAAGGACCUCCCAAUGUCUGUAUGACUCACCCCUUUCUCCUUUUUCACUUUAUGUAUUCUCAUAUGUAUCAAUGUUGUUGUAGGUUGGGAAGUCCCUGCUGAUUAAAUCUCUAGUCAAAUAUUUUGAUCCCAUGAAAGAUAUCAACAAAGGCCCCAACAUCAUCAUAACAGGAAACAUUCGAGUUUCUUAACCUUUUACAAGCCCACGGCCUUCCAAAGGUUAUGGGUGUUCUUACACAUCUCAACCAGUUGAAAGAUUAUACGAAACUCAAUGAAACCGAAGAGCGUCUGCAGGAUCUUUUCCGGACUGAAAUAUAUCAAGGAGCAAUAACAUACAAUAUAUCUGGUCUUCAGGAUGACUUGUACAAUAUGCAGGAUGUACAGGUACUGGCAGAACAGAUAUUGACGCUCCAACUCCAUCUCUCAUCACGGCGAGCUGCACAUCCUUUUGUGCUGGUAGACUGUUUUGAAGAUGUUACACCUCCAGAAAAAGUGCUCAGGGAGGCAAAUUGCGGUAGAAACAUAAGCCUGUAUGGUUACCUCCGAGGUUGUGAUAUCAAGAGCGGCACUAAGGUGCAUAUUGCUGGUCUUGAUGAUUUUCAUUUGGCUGGUGUUAGAAGCACAAUUGAUCCUUUUCCUUUAUCAGAGGAAAAUAGUUUUGUUAUGCUAACCCCCAUGGAGAAUGAGACUUUCAGAACAGGGACCUAUCUAAGGUUGGAGGUUCAUGACGUUCCCUUCAGGAUGGUUGCAAAUUUUUAUUCUUGUCAUCCAAUUCUUGUUGGAGGUAUCAGUCCUGAGGACAAAGAUGUUGGUUAUAUGCAGGCGAUGCUUAAGCGGCAUAACUGGCAUAUGAAACUGUUGAUGUCAGCAGAGCCAGUCACCAUGUCAGCUGGUUGGAGACGUUACGGGACAAAACCUAUUUAUGCCAGGCAAAUCGACAAUGCACGGCAUCAGAUUCGCGACUUCAUUCCCGAACGUGAGCACUGUCUUGCGAUGUUUUGGGGCCCUCUUGCACCUGCCCAUACUAGAAUUACUGUUGUGCAUAAAACUAAGGAAGUGUUUCGGAUAGCAGCAAAGGCAGUUGUUCUUGACCCUAAGCAUCACUUUAAGAUUAUGAAGGACAGCAAGCGGAAAGGAAAACCUGAAAAAAUCCUUAACGACAGGAGGACUGCUCUUAUCAAGUUUGAACCAGAAGAUAUUGAAGAUGUUGCUGCAUUUAAAGGUGCAUCUAUUCGGACUGACAGUGGAAUUUGGGGGAAGGUCAUUAAGGCGAAAAAAAAAGGGGGUUGCUAAAUGCGAAUUUGAGAAGACUAUUCGUGAGAGUGAUAUUUUUAUCAUGCCUGUGUUGUGCCAAGCUGUGGCUCCUCGCUUGUUCAACAGGAUUGUUCCUGCUAACAAGGGUUCACUCAAAAAAAAAGACCCUGCUCAAAGGCGGCUUGAACUUGAACAACGACGUCGUGUGGAGAUCACUGAUGAUGAGCCUUAUUCCUAUCCAUUUUCAACUACUUUUACGUUGAUUCUUAACAUUGAGUAUUUGUGUAACAAAGGAAAGAAAACUGUGGUGGUCAUGUCGGAGGAAAAAAGCGAAAAGAAUUGGUCAAAAAGCAACAGGAUGAGGAGGAGUCCAAGAAACUAAGUCUGUUUCUUGCUGAAGAUGAUAUGUGGGAUUACAGUUAAACUUUGGAAUGGUCUCAAGUUCAAGAGAAAAACAUUUUAACAAAUAAUGUAUUUUACUGUAAGCAAAAAAUCUGUAAAUGUUAGGGAGGUACAAGCAUAGAUGUCCAAUAAGUUGAUGUUAUUUUGCUAAUAAUUUAUUAGAAACUUUGGGCGGCUUA